AACACUCUGAUUACUUAUCAAAAUAUAUUCGUUGAAAAUUUAAUAGGAAUCAAACUGAAAAAUUAGAACUCUUCUAUUUACCAUAAAUUUUAAUAUUAAAAAUAGAUAAAAAUGAAACAAGUAAACCAAAGUACCUCUCCCUAUUAGCACUAAAUUGAUGAAGCAAUCUAGCUCUGCUAGUUUAUUAGAGAUUAUAAGCUAAAGAAUGAUAAAAAAAUCAAAGAUAUGAACUUAUCUGAUAGAAUUAAAAUAGAAAACAUCCCUAAUUUGAAUCUAGAAGGAUUGACAAUAGAAUAUUUAAAGCAACUUAAUAACACAUAAUUUUCAAAGAUCUAAAGCCAAUUGUAAAAAAUAGUAGAUAUGCUGAUGGAAUAAGAAUUCGCAAUUGAUAGAGAUAUAAAAAACCAAAAAAGUUUAAAAUAAAUUUAAUUAAAUGACUCUUUCCAAAGUUAAUAUAGCUCAGUAAACAGUUCUUUCCAAACAAACUAUUCUUCAGUUAGAAGAAGUUCUGCUUAAUAGUUUCAAAAUGAUUUUUAUAGGUAAAAAAACAUUAAUAAUGAGGAAAACUACAGCUCUAAGAGAUGUUUAGAUAGCUACAAUAGAUAAGAAGCAUUUACUGAAGUUAUGGCUAAUAAUAAUAAUAAGUUAAAGAGCAUUGACAAUUUGUAUUAAAAUAAAAAAUAAUGUGUAAGUAAUUUUGCGAAUGAUACUAAAAACUAUGAUACAAACUAGUUUAAAGCACAUAAUUACUCCUCUUAAUACAAUUCAGUCAAUAAUUAAUCGAGAAGAGUUUCUAUUAUAAAAAUUAAUGACUUAUAAUUUAGUGAUAACGAAGAAGAAAAAGAAUUAAAAAAUAUUUAACCUAAAGAAGACCCUCUUGAUAAGCUUAUCCUUAAAGUAAAUGAAGAAAAAGACAGAGUAAUGAAGUUAUUAGAAAAAGAAAAGAAGGAACGAUAAAGUUUAUAGGAAAGUUAAUAGGCGAUGAAUUAUUAGAGCAUUAGCUAACUCGAUUACUAAGAUUAAUUAUACAUAAAAGAAUAAUAAAUUGCUGCAUUAGCCAAAGAAAUAAACUAGUUAAAGCAAGAAAAUUUUAAUUUGAAAAACUCAAAUCUUAUGUUAAGAAAAGACAAAACUGAAUUGUGUCCAAAUAAAAACAAUGCUUUUUCUUAUGUCUUAUAAAACUGUUAAAUAAUCUCUGCUUAGGAAAACAAUCUCAUUUUUAAGUGGGCUUUUGAUAGUUAGAUAGACUUGUGUAAGCUUUUAAAUAGUGCUAUUAGCAUUUAGGCAGAAAGAGAGAAAGGGAAAGAAGCAAAGUAAAUAGAACAGUUUUAUUAGAGUAUAAUUCAAAUGGAAAACUUUGAAUAGUUGCUAGAAAAUUGUGAUGAGAAUAAUUUAAAUUUUAAUGAUAAUCAUUAUACUGAAAAAUUAAAUCCAGACAUUCAAAGUUUAUAAAAUGAAUUAUAAGAAUUGAAAUCUAAACUUGAUACCAUGCAAUAAGAAUUAAACGAAAGAGAUUAUUAAAUAGAUUUGCUCAAUUAAUAAAUAGCAGAAAGUACUCAAAAAUUCAACAGUGAGAAAACUAAAUAUUAAAACGAAAUGAAAUACAUUAAAAGAUAACAAAGAGAUUUAGAAAUAUAGUAGAAUAUUUUGAAGUUGGAGAGAGAAAAAUUUGAGCAAGAGCAAAAUGAAAAAAAGUAGCUUGAAGAGUUAGAAAAAAUGCAAAAUGAUCUAACUUUGCUUAGUUAAUUUUGA